AUAUUAAAAACUGUAAUGCAGCUUUGAAGUGAAUCUUUAAUUAAUUGCAACUUGGCAACUGAAUGGAUUGUUCGAAAUAACGUUUUGUAAAACGAAGAAGUUGAAAUAUGUAUGUGUUUCCUGAAUGUUAAUUUCUUUCGUUGGAUUCCGUUACAUUUUCGUAUGUUUUCAAAAAUGGCUUUAAACAGUUCGAUAAAAACGACUCAUUAAAAAUAUCUGUAUCUGUUUCAGGAAUAAUUUCACGCAGGGUUUCUCAAAAUUCCGAUCGUUGAAAGCAGCUGCAUCAUACGAGUUUCAAUAUGUUUUCCACCUUACGAGGUCGUGCUCAUCUCUCCAAGAAAUUAUAUUUGAUCUACGGCAGUAGAGUCCUGAAAAUACCGCCAAAUUUACGAAGUUACGUCAAUUUUUCUAAAAACAUUUCUUACCUACAAAAAGGGGGCAACUCGCGAGAUCAUUGUGAUUCUUCAAAGCAGGUGCUUCAUACUCAUAAUGAUACGUUAAAAUUAGUAUCUUUCAGUUUUUCAAAUCACCCCGUUUUUUCUCAAAAGUUGCGACGCAAUCACGCAAAUAGCGAAACAAAACUAUUUUCUGCUUAUCAAAAACACUCUGAUUUUUCAAAAAAAUUGUCUUCCACGAGCAAAGAUGAGAUGGAUCAGAUAAGCACUCUGGUUGGAGAAUGGACAAAGCGUUUCGAUUCUUUGGGCAAACUCGAUGCCAAUAUUUUCUGCGGUACUUUGAUUACUCUAUCAAGAUUUCAUGUUUUUGAUAAGAAAUGGAAUGAAAAAGAUCAGGAAAACUUCAAAGUACUGAUUGCUAAAAUAGUAGUGGAAGGGAAUCGAUUAUUGGACACGAAUCGUCAGUCUGUUUAUAAAUUAAAACCGUGGCAAAUCGCGUAUACCUUGAACGCUCUAUCUGGUUGGAGUGUAUUUAGAAAAGAUAUGUGGAACGGUAGCUUUGAAGUGUACGGUAAAGAAAUAACCGAAGUUCAGCUAUUCAAGUCUGUCAUCGUUAAACUAAUCCAUCAAGGGAACAGUUUACUAAAUCCUAGUAACAAAACAGUCGAUCAGUUCGAUUCUCAGACUGUAGCGAACAGCUUGAAUGCUUUGUCCAAAUGGCACAUAAACGAGUUGGAAGGAGCAAGUGAGUUCAUUGUUCAAUUAAUGAAACAAGGAGGUACGGCGGCUACUGGAUUUGCUUCAACGCAGCAUAAUACGGAAGAUGAAAAACACAUUUGUAUGGGAGUCAUUAAAACCUUGAAAGCUAUGUCUAAAUGGCACAACGAGGAAUUACAAGGAUCUAGAGAGUUUAUCACUCAAGUACUUGUGAAAGGAAUUUCACUCGCUGGUAAAUUCAACUCUAAAGAAAUCGCCAACGGUCUAAACGCUUUAUCUAAAUGGAAUAUUAAUGAUUUUCAAGAAGCCAAAGGGUUCAUUGUUCUGCUGAUCAAACGAGGAAAUGCGAUUAUCGACCAAUUUAACUGUCAAGAUAUUUCCAAUUGUUUGAACGCGUUGUCUAAGUGGAGUAUAAACGAAUUACCGGGCUCUAAAGAAUUUGUAUCUCAGUUAGUCAAACGUGGAAGUGCUACGGCCAAAGGAUUCAAUCCUCAAAGCGUUUCUAAUAGUUUGAACGCAGUGUCCAAAUGGGACAUUGAUGAAAUACAAGGAAUUCGGAAAUUUAUCGUUGAGUUGGUAAAAUGCGGAAAUCUAACAAUCGAUAUGUUUAGUUCACAAGACGUUUCCAAUGCUUUAAACGCCUUUUCUAAGUGUAACAUCGAUGACUUCGAAGGUGCUAGAAAAUUCAUCAAUCAGCUGAUUAAACAAGGAAGUUCUACGAUCGAUGGAUUCGAUUCUCAAGAAAUUGCCAACAGCUUGAACGCUCUUUCAAAAUGGAAUAUCGAAGAGUUUCGAGGAUCCAAAGAGUUCAUCACCAAUUUAGUUCAACGAGGCAGUGCAACAAUAGGUGGAUUUCAUUCUCAAGAGAUAGCUAGCAGCUUGAACGCUCUGUCCAAGUGGACAAUAGACGAGUUGCCUGGAACUACAGAAUUCAUCUCUCAGUUAUUAGAACAAGGCAGUUCCAUGGUUUCAGAAUUUAACUCUCAGGGGAUCUCAAAUUGUUUAAACGCUCUUUCCAAGUGGAACAUCAACGAGUUCCGAGGAUCUAAAUAUUUCAUUAUUCAGUUAUUUAAGAAAGGUAUUACAAAGAGCGGUGAAUUCAUACCUGUAGAUAUAUCUACGAGUCUGAAUGCUCUAUCUAAAUGGGAAAUCAACGAAUUACCCAGAGCUAGGGAAUUUAUAGGCAAGUUAAUCCAACGAGGAAGCUCGACAGUGGGCAGAUUCAAUUCUCAGAAUGUUGUCAACAGUUUGAAUGCAUUGUCCAAAUGGAGUAUAGGCGAAUUCGAAGGAUCUGAAGAAUUCAUCUUGAAGAUGAUUAAACGUGCAAGGUUUCUGAUUCGUGAAUUUGAUCAUCAAGCCGUUGCUGCUAGUUUAAACGCGUUUUCCAAUUUGAAAGUCCAUACGUCGAAAGGAGCUGAGGGCGAUUUUCAAGGAGUUGGAGAGUUAAUUGAUCUAUUAUGUAAACGAGGUUGUUCAACAGUUGACCAAUUCCAACCUCUAGAAAUCACCAUUAGUCUGAAUGCCUUGUCCAAAUGCAAUAUUAAUGAAUUUCGGGGAACUGGCGAAUUUAUUGUUCGAUUAAUAAAGCGAGGGCAUUCAACAGUCGACAAAUUCAAUUCUCAAAACAUAGCUGCUAGUUUAAAUGCAUUAUCUAAAUGGAAUAUCAAUGAAAUCAAAGGAUCAAAAGAAUUCAUCGAUCUAUUAGUUAAACGAAAAUGAAGUUAUUAAAAGUUGACGAAUUAAAAUUGAAAUACAUACAUAUCAAACACAUUUUAAAUGUAUAAAAAUGAAGAAUAUUUUCUGUUUUGCUCGAAUUGUUUUCAAUCUCCUGUGUUUUAUUUUUGUAGUGUAGUUUUACGGAUGUACAUAAUUGUCAUAAUUGUAAAUCUGAACUCAAUGUACCUAUUUUCUUAUUUUUCAAAUGUUCGUUUUGUUGUUUUUUUUUGUUGUUUAUUUACAUUUGCCAGAUGCAAUUUUCAAUAAAUCGAUUAAAAUAUGGAACCACACGUUUUGUUUCAGAUGGAAGAAAUUUUUCACCGUUGAAAAUUGUACGGUGCCUAAUUUAUUUCUAGGGAAAAUUAACCUCUGUCUUUUGAGAAUAAAAUGUUUUGUCUUAUGAAA